AUGGUCCAGGUGGAAGAUAAUCAAACCAGCAGCAGCCGUGAUGGGUCCCCGCCUCUUCAUCCAGCAGAAGCCUCGACGCCGCCGCCGCCACCACCACGAGAGCAGGCCAACAACAACAAGCCGUCCGCGUCGGCAGUCCUCGCCCAGUGCCUCAAGCUCCUGAAGGGCCAGUCCGAUGAGCACAAGUUCGCGGGGCUAGUGAUGGUGACCAAGCACGUCCCGGCUCUCACUGCGUAUGAGAGCGUACGAGCUGACAGCAGCGGUUCUCCUUCCGCUUCCGCCGGUGGCGGCGAACUCCGACAGAUUUGCAACGCUGUCGGCCCGGCCUUUCUGCACCGAUUGCUGAGGACCCCAGGAGAUAAGAGCAGCGGCGGCGGCAGCGGUGACGAUUGUGGUGGUGGUGCUGUCGGUGGGCUUUCGGUGUACCAGCAGAUCGCGCUCGGCGUUCUGGCGGCCCUCUUCCAGGACGAGAGCCUGGUCCCGAAGUUUGUUCCCACCGCCCCGGCCCUCGUGCGCGCUCUCCGCGCAGCCGACGCGGCGACGCAGACGCAGGGGCUCUGCGACGCUCUCUACUGCACCCAGGCCAUCGCCGGCGUGCCCGGCGGCAUGGCGCGGUUGCUGAGGGCCGGCGCUGCGCCGGCCGUCGUAAGCCGCCUCUCGGCUGCAAGCGGAGAACGGGCGGCGAGGGCGAACGAGGAGAGGGAUUUCGGUGGCGACCAAAGCGGUGGUGGUGGUGCCGGCGUGGAAGAAAGCAAAGCGGGAGGGCCACCGCCCCUACCACCGGGAGAAGAUGGGCAAGCCGCCGCCGACGCGACGAGGUCGGCGGGCUCUCGUUCGUCGGCGUCGGCGGGGCUUGGAGGCGGGGGCGGAGGCGGCGGCUGCGGCGGCGGCGGCGGCGACGAUCCAAAGGGCGAUGGACGCGGAGGUCCAGCGGGCGGGGACACCCCGGCGGCGGAGGCGGCGGCGGAGAGGUCGGAGGCCCUAGCGCUCGCCUUCGUUGGGCGCGCGCUCGAAGCCUCGGGCGGCGGCUGCCUGGGCUCCCGCGAGCUCACGGCCAUCGCGGAGGCGUUCCGAGACGACCCGACCCCGGCCAAAUUUGGCUUCUUGGACCUCUUGCUGCGGUGGGCGUCUCUACGAGAAGAAGAAUCGGCGCCUUUUCCAGCAGGGGGCGACGGCGGGGUCGGGGCGUGGGCUCGGGAUGGGCCGUUCCCCGCCGCCCUUCGGGAAGGGCUGCUGCAGGCGCUCCACGGCGCGGCUGAGGACGACCGCCGGGACUCGGCUCUCGCGCUGCUCGCGUCGCUGCUUCGCGCCGUGGGACAGGGGUGGGCUGUGGAGGAGGACGGAGAGGAACCCGGCAACGGCGAAGGUGGUGGGGGAAGCGCCGUUGUGGGUGAGCAACAAAGAAGCAGCAACGGGGUGAAGAAGAAGAGAGUAGCGAAGAGAAAACGAGGGACGUUCGUAGCGUUCGCCGUCAGGUGCGCCGCGGGCGAGGUUCGCAUCCUGCUGGACGAGGCGCUGUCCCUGUUCGUACCGGCAGCGGCGAGAGGGGGGGCGAGGGCGUCGGAUGGGGACGAGGACGCCGGCCCCGGUACCGGGCAGAAAGCGAGAGGCGCCAUGGGUCCGGCGGGGGCAGACCCUUCAAUAGGGAUCGCGGCCGAGAUAGCCGCUGCGAAAGCUGCUGCUACCGGAAAGGGUGGAGAGCAGGGGGAAGGACAGCGGCCAUCACCAGCACCGCGAUGUCCCCUUCCCGCGUCGCAGCUCAAGGCGAUUAAGGAGCAGCGUGCGGCAAGGCUGCUGCGCAUGGUUCCCGUCGGUCUCGGGGUUGCCGAAUCGACCAUUGCUUUCCUUUGUGGAGGGGGGGGUGGGGAGGAGGAGGGGAGCGAGGGAGGCGGAGAAAGCAGCAAUAAUCGAUGGCAGGAGCUUCCCAUCGACACGCUGCAAGACCUGCAGAAGACUCUGGUGGGCCUCUUCGGUUGCGUGCUGGACUUCUUGUCGGAGAUCCGACGCUGGGUCCUCGCCGUGUCUCAUUCGACCGGCGGUGACGCCGACAUCGGCUCAGCCUCGGCGGGGCCGUCCAUCGUCGACCUGUGGGCUCUGCACAGGCUCGGGCUGGAGUGCUCGCGGGUCCUCGGCGUGUGGGUGGCGGAGGAUCCGGAAUCGCUGCCGCAGAGGUUCCUGGAGGCGUUGCCUGUGCUGCUGGCGCUCAACGCGGGCGAGGAGGCAAGACUGUCUGCAGCUUUUUGUUUUUGCUUUUUGGUUCGUUGAGGUAUGCUGGGUUGUUGGGAGUCAAGAACUGUCGGAGUCAAGAACACGUCGGCUUUGUCAGCGGUUCGAGCUUGGGAAAACGUCAGCUGGCAGCUGAUCCACACCAACAUUUUUUUACUUUCAUGUUGCAUCACGCCUUGAUGACACUACUACUAUGCUUUGACGAGCCCACCACGGAGGCUCGGCGUGUUAUGGUGAUCAUGUGUAAAUGGUGUGGAGUUGACUUGGGGCAUGCGGUUGGCUGGUGUACCGCCUCACCGAGAGCGCACGGGGGCAAUGCUGAAGAAGAGAACGGUUGUAAGCAAUGAUGAUGGUUGUUUUUCGUGCGCUCGUGUAUGUGUUGACUCGUUGUCCCACGGGUAACCGCGUUCCUGACAGCGCCUACCCCCUGUCCCGUUCUUGGCUUG